AUGGUCAAAAGAAAAGCGCCUGUGGAUCCCAACCUAUUGGAACAAUCAACCUAUGAUAAAAAAGCAGCAUUGGACAACAUGAAAGAGAAUGUCGUCGAGAUCUUCAUGACAGCGCAACAGCCAGACGCAGUGCUGCGAGCAGAAUCCAUCAAACUACGAGACGUUCAAAUUGGCUGCUGUUACAAUUCACCAAGGAGGGUGGGCGAGCCAGAGAGCAUCGAUUAUGAAGCAGAAGCAGACUUCUUGAAAUUGAUAUUCAAAAUGGUGAAUAUCGUGAUUAAAGCCAAAAGAAAGGAGCCCACUGCUGAUCGCGUGCAGAGAUUUAUUGCUGUAUUUUUGCAGUAUAUCCAGACAAAAGAUGAGGAGGCCAAAUCCAAGGCAAGAAAGAAGCGAAGAGGAUUGUUAAACACAACGACACCGACACAGCCAUCAGCAUCCACUGAAUCGACAACAAAAGCGAGCCAAAAGAACGAUGCAGAUGUUGAAAUGCAAGACGAUAAGGCGAAUCAGGAAGCUGAAGCAAAGACAGCUCAAGCGAAGAAGGAUUCCAUUACUGAAGAAGAUCAGGAUGAUGAAGAAGACGAUCAUGAAGACCAAUCCUAUGAGACCAUCACGUCAAGAUUUGUCGAGCGAUUGCUAAAAUACUUGUUUCAAGGAUUCUCUGAUGCCAGGGCGAGUGUUCGUGUCAGAUGCUGUCAUAUCAUUGCCCUUUGCAUCAGUUCUAUGGGAGAGUUAGACGAGGACUUGUAUCAAGAGCUAAAGAGACAUUUAUUCGAGGGCCAUAUUGACAGAGAAGCUAGUGUUCGAGCACAAGCAGUAACAGCCUUAUGCCGUUUGCAAAGCGAUACAGAAAUCGACCCUCUGGAUGGACAGACGAUUCAUGAAAAAUUAAUGUGGAGUGUUCGACAUGAUCCAAGCUCCGAAGUGCGACGAUUGAUCUUGUUCAACAUUGAUGUCACAUCGGACGCCAUCCCCUAUGUCGUCAAGAGCAUUCGAGAUCCAGAUGACACUAACCGUCGAGUUGUUUAUCUCAAAACAUUAAGCAACUUGGAAGACUUUCGAUUGCUCAGCUUUGAAGAGAGACAGCAGGUGUUGAAAUGGGGAUUAAACGAUCGCAGCGACCUCGUGAGGAAAGCAGCUACCAAGAUGUUUGCUGAGAACUGGAUCAAGCAUGCUGGACGCAAUCUGAUUGAAUUCUUGGAGCGAUUAGAAGCCACCAAACCACAAAUGUCAGAAUUAAUAGAGAAACUGUUCAAAGAAUUCUUCAAGAUUCGAUCGGAUGUGUUUAACGAGAGUGUGUUUGACGAUGAAUUUUGGACCAAUUUAUCAGGCGAAAGUGCGCUAUUGGCAAGAUUGAUGAUUGAGUACUUGCAAAACGAAAAUGAAGAGGAUGAGCGACUGGACAAGCUCCUGCCCUCGGUUACUGUACAUGCCAUGAACCUAGAAAACUACUACAACUUAUACCAGCAAUACAACAACACAGAAGACAAUGCAUUCAAUUAUGAGUAUAUUGUGGUUCAAAUGCUGGAUAUUGCACUUUGCUUGGACUAUGCAGAUGAGGUGGGCCGAAGAAAAAUGUUUAACCUCCUGAGAGACAUAUUGAGGGCCUACGAGGUGGUGGACAGUCAUCUGGAGAGGAUACUGAAGGUGUUUAGACGAAUUUCCAUCGAUGAACGCGACUUCACAAGAUCCAUCAUUGAAAUCAUUUCGGAUAUCCAAGAAGAAGCAUCUAUACCGUACCUUGACAUGGAAGACGAUGUAGCAACAAAGAGAGCCAAAUUAGACGACAACAGCAGUAGUUCGUCUGUGGCUGAAGCACCCAAGAGCACUACCCACACUGAAGAAGUCGCCAACAGCCAAGAUGUGCCCAAUCCAGACCUGGAUAAACUCGUGGCCAAGCUGCGUUGCCUCAGCAUCUGUAGGCGUAUGCUGGAAAACAGUUACGAACCCUUGACCGACAACUCCAUUUUGUAUGGUCUUUUGAAUGAUUUGGUCGUGCCAGCAGUGCAGGAUGGUGAUUCACUGCUUCGUCAGGAGGGCUUGCAUUGUCUCGGUUUGUGUUGUACGCUGGAUAAAGGCUUAGCUCAGCAUAAUGUUGGCUUGUUCAUCAAUUGUAUCAGAAAUGGACACGAGGUGCUGGUCAAGAUUGCUGUCAGAACUUUAGGUGAUAUGCUUUUGAUGUAUGGUAUCGAUGCAAUGAGUGAACACUUGUCUAAUACACUCGAUAUUCGAAACGUAUUUGAAUUUGGCUUGGAUCAUGACAAUACCGAAAUUCAAUCACUUACAACACAAAGUCUUUGUAAACUCAUGUUGUUUAACCGCUAUACAGACGAUGAGUUACUGCGUUUAAUGGUGCUACUCUACUUUUUCCCCAAGACUGACAUGGACGAACACAGCAACAUGAUUCACCAAUGCUUGGCCUAUUUUUUCCCUGCUUACUGUUUCUCCAGCUUGGAACAUCAAAAAUCAUUAUCCGGUAUCACCAUUGCUGCAUUGGAAGAGCUUUGUAACAUUUUCGCAGACUUGGAAAAAGAUGAAAACAUGACAAAUCCAAAGCAGAUUGCUGAAAUGCUGGCCGAUUGGAACGAUCCCAGAAAGUUGACCAAAACACAAGCCAACAUUCGUGCCUCACCAGAAGAACAGGAUUUCACUGAACCUGGAAAGCUGGCUCUGAAGGCAUUGACCAUCAUCUAUAUUGAAGAGGAAGGGUUAUUGCGAAAAGCCAUGUUAACAUUUGUAACACGAUUAUACCUGAAUGAGGCGGACAAGCUUGAUUUGAUUGAAAUCAAGAAACAAAUCAUCAAAAUCAAUGAGGAAAAGCCAUUGAAAUUACAGCCCGCUCGAAAGGCAUUGAACAAGAUUGUGGAGACCAUUGACUCUAUUGUUGAUUUCGAGGAAGAACAAGAAAACGACAAGGAAACUGCUCAACAAGACAAAGAUGAUGCCAGCAAUGAAAAGCAAAUUGAGCAUGAGAAUGCAGAACAGGGGGAGAAAGAGGAUGAAGAUCAAGACUCUGAUAAUGGAUCCUCGGUAUUAGGAAGUAAUUUUGAUCAUCAAAUUGAAUUAUCAGACGAUGAUGGUAAUGAAAAGGAAGAUCAAGAUGCAGAGGAUGAGGAUGAGGAUGAGGAUGAAGACAGUCCACCACCACCAUCACGAAGACAGCCUCAAGUCGUGCGACGUCGUAUUAGUAAAAUAAAAGAAUCAGAGGACGAGGACGAGGACGAGGACGAAGAAGAAGACGAAGACGAAGACGAAGAAUCUGAGGGUAAUGAUCCAGCUUCUGAAUACGAGGAUUCUGAUUAA